AUGCUUCCUCGACUGCUCCGAUCCCACCAUCCCCUCCACCUGCCCACACCCACGACCAUCCCAGCCCAACCACUCACGAGCCGAUCAGCCAGGAUGUCGACCACAGCCACAGCACCGGGGGUAGUCCUCGCGGUCAAGCCGGACGGGACGGCGGCCCAGCCGACGAGUGCAUCCACCAAGUACCACGCCAUCCUCGGCGAGCACUGGAAGAACGCCGCGGUAAAGGGCAAGCCGCUCGAGACCAAGGUCUUCUUCGGCCCCGAGUCCACCGCCAUCGCUGCCGUCGGCACCGGCAAGAUCGCCGACGGACUCUCCGAGAUCGAGAAGGCCGACAAGACCCGCAAGAUCGUCGGCUCUGGCGCAAAGGCCUUGAAGGAACAUAUCAACCAUACCAGAGAGGUCCUUGUCGACACCGUCUGGAGCUCCCAUGCUGCCGCCGUCGGAGCCACCGUCUCGACCUUUAAUUACAGUCUCAAGACGAAGAAAGAUGCUGUCGAGAAACGGACCCCGAUCACCUACAAGCCGCUGACCGACCAGCCCGCACAACUGUCGAUCGAGAAGGCGAACGGCAAGCUCAUCGGGCUCGACUGGGCAUCCGGCCUCGUCUUCGGCCAGGCCCAGAACCUCGCCCGGGAGCUCAUGGAAAGCCCGGCUAACCUGAUGACCCCGACCCUGUUCUGCGAGAGGAUCACCAAGGAGUUCCAGGGCAUCAAGAACGUUGACAUCCACGUCCACGAUAAAUCUUGGGCCGAGGCCAAAAAGAUGAACUCGUUCCUAUCGGUGGCUCGGGGUACGAACGAGCCAUGCAAGUUUCUAGAGAUCCACUACAAGGGCGCGAGCGGCGGGGCAGGCGGAUUCAAGCCGACGGUGGCGCUUGUCGGCAAAGGGAUCACCUUUGAUUCUGGAGGGAUCUCUAUUAAGGGCGGGGCCGGGAUGAAACUGAUGAGGGCCGAUAUGGGCGGCGCGGCGACGGUGACGAGCGCCGCUUGGGCGAUCGCCAAGUUGGCCAUCCCGAUCGAUAUCCUCAUAUGCACCCCAUUGACAGAAAACAUGCCCAGCGGCCAUGCCACCAAGCCAGGCGACAUCAUCUAUGCCAUGAACGGGAAGAGCAUUGAAGUCGACAACACCGAUGCUGAGGGUCGUUUGGUCUUGGCCGAUGCCCUGUACUACGCCUCGUCCGUCUACAAACCUAAAACUGUCAUCGAUUGUGCCACGCUUACGGGGGCCAUGAUGAUAGCACUAGGCGAGCCGUUCUCGGGAGUUUUCUCGACCUCGGACAACUUAUGGAGCCACUUGGACUCGGCGGGCAAAGCUGAACAUGACCGGUUCUGGCGGAUGCCGUUCGACGACUUCUAUAUGCGACAGAUCGACUCAUCUAAUGCCGAUCUCUGCAACACGGGGGGCCGGACCGCCGGUUCUUGUACUGCCGCGAUCUUCUUGAGAGAGUUCGUGGACGGCUUGGCGUGUAACGCAAAGGAAGGAUCCGAGCAAGCCGAAGAUGCGGUCGAGUAUGCCCACAUCGACAUCGCUGGAGCUAUGGAAUGCACCCUGCCCGACCCGGUCAAUCCGAAAGGACUCACUGGCCGACCCGUCCGCGCUUUGAUCGAAUACAUCCGCCAACAAGCCGCCCUCCAUUGA